GUCUCCUCUUUGCUUCUCAGGUGCCCGGAGCCCUCAUCUCAUCUCGUCCCCUGUGACACAUCUGCUCCCAGACCCAGGCGGCCGUCGGGUGACGUGGUGACGAGGCUGUGCGUCGUGUUCCAGGUGCGACCGCAGAAUGGGGUGCAAGGUGCUGCUCGGCCUCGGCCAGCAGAUGCUGAGGCGCAAGGUCGUGGACUGCAGCCGGGAGGACAGCCGGCUGUCCCGCUGCCUGAACACCUUGGACCUGGUGGCGCUGGGCGUGGGCAGCACGCUGGGGGCCGGCGUGUACGUCCUGGCCGGGGCCGUGGCCCGUGACAAUGCGGGUCCUGCCAUCGUCAUAUCCUUCCUGAUCGCCGCACUGGCCUCGGUGCUGGCCGGCCUCUGCUACGGCGAGUUCGGCGCGCGCGUGCCCAAGACCGGCUCGGCCUACCUCUACAGCUACGUCACCGUCGGCGAGCUCUGGGCCUUCGUCACGGGCUGGAACCUAAUCCUCUCCUACAUCAUCGGCACUUCAAGUGUGGCGAGGGCCUGGAGUGCCACCUUCGACGAGCUGAUCGGCAAACCCAUCGGGGAGUUCUCACGGACGCACAUGACGCUGAACGCCCCGGGAGUGCUGGCUGAAACCCCGGACAUCUUCGCCGUGAUCAUCAUCCUCAUCUUGACGGGACUUCUCACCCUGGGCGUGAAAGAGUCCGCCAUGGUCAACAAAAUAUUCACUUGCGUCAACGUUUUGGUCCUGGGCUUCGUCGUGGUGUCGGGAUUCGUGAAAGGCUCGGCCAAAAACUGGCAGCUGACGGAGCAGGAUUUCCAGAACGCGUCCGAUCACCUCUGCUCCAACAAUGGCACGGAAGGGAAGCAUGGCGUCGGCGGCUUCCUGCCCUUCGGGUUCUCCGGGGUCCUGUCCGGGGCAGCGACCUGCUUCUACGCGUUCGUGGGUUUCGACUGCAUCGCCACCACAGGUGAGGAAGUCAAGAACCCCCAGAAGGCCAUCCCCGUGGGCAUCGUGGCCUCCCUCCUCAUUUGCUUCGUCGCCUACUUCGGGGUGUCGGCCGCCCUGACUCUCAUGAUGCCGUACUUCUGCCUGGACAAGGACAGCCCCCUGCCGGACGCCUUCAAGCACGUGGGCUGGGGGAGCGCCAAGUACGCGGUGGCCGUCGGCUCCCUCUGCGCCCUUUCUGCCAGCCUGUUGGGUUCCAUGUUCCCCAUGCCCCGCGUCAUCUACGCCAUGGCCGAAGACGGGCUGCUCUUUAAAGUCCUGGCCAGAAUCAACGACAGGACCAAAACACCAGUGAUCGCCACACUCACCUCGGGCAUCAUCGCUGCCACGAUGGCCUUCCUCUUCGACCUGAAGGACUUGGUGGACCUCAUGUCCAUUGGCACUCUCCUGGCUUACUCUUUGGUGGCUGCCUGCGUGUUGGUCUUGCGGUAUGUAUGGCUUUUCUGGGCCUCGCAACAGAUGAGCGCGUGUACCAUGCUAACCUCUGAGCGGUUAGAGUUAAUGGUUUAUACCGUGCAAGUUUUAGUCUUUCUCAUCAGCUCUGCCGUCCUCUGCUCAGUGGUCACCGUCAUUAUCUGGCAGCAGCCGGAGAGCAAGACCAAGCUCUCGUUUAAGGUGCCUUUCCUGCCGGCCCUGCCCAUCCUGAGCAUCUUCGUGAACGUCUAUCUCAUGAUGCAGCUGGACCAGGGCACGUGGAUCCGCUUCGCAGUGUGGAUGCUGAUCGGCUUCGUCAUCUACUUCGGCUACGGCCUCUGGCACAGUGAGGAGGCGUCCCUGGCCACUGGCCAAGCAAGGACUCCUGACGGCAACUUGGACCACUGCAAGUGAUGCACAGGUCCAUCCCCCGGGGGCGGCAGCGGCCGAGGGACACCCACGGGGGCCCCGGAAGCACCUCGCUCGCUCCUCCAGCAGAGCAGGACCCUCCCACCCAGGACCAGGGUCCAGUCCUGCCCUGUGGUGGGCCCGCCAGGCCCCGGUCACUGCGACGGCCCCUGACCGCCUCUGACGGAGGGUGGCGGCUCCUCCCCUCCUGCUGCAGCCAUGGCCCCAGGCAGAGUGGGGGCCUCUUCCCGCAUCGAGCGCCCUGCAGGCCUUCGUCCCCAGCCGCACACUGCAGACUCUCCGUGGCCGCCUCCCCGCUCAGCGCCAGACGGCCGGCCACAGGUGCCAGACGAGCACCACAGGAUAGUGUGUCUACUGCUCUACUCCAGAGGCGAAGGGAGACAUCACACUGCUUCCCUUCCCUGCCCUCUGAGCUGCUCACGGAAGGGGUCUCGGGGCUGUGACCCCUGCUCCACUCCCCCGCUAGCAGAGGGCUGUGCCCUGCCCCUGGACACUCCCCAGCCCGCUCCACCACAGGACAUGGCAGGUGGGUCUGUGGCAGAACAAGAGAAACCGGGCCGCUGGGGAUGAGGUGGGUGCUGGGGAGGCUGGCCGCACCCCGGGCCGUGUGCACACAGGGCCUCCUGCGGCAGCCACCUGUCCCCAGGCCCACUGGUUCCUGCUGCUCGUGGCACAGCCCCCGCUGGCUGUGCGUCCUGAGUAACGAACGUGACCCUGUUUAUGGAGAGCCAGCCCCCGGCCAGCGGAGCGCAGAGUGCCGUUUCUCGGUCCCUGCCAUUCACCAGCUCCGGCCUUUGCAGGCUUGCGGUCCGUUUCUGAGGCUCACAAGGGUCUCGGGACAGGCGUCCGCUCGUCCGGAGGUGGUGGCGACCGGGCCUCCCUGUUUGUGGCUCCUCAUGCAACCUGCCGGGCCCCUGGAGCAUAAUCAGACCACAUCCUCCUGCUGGCCGGUGCGGUCGCCUCCGCCCCAUCGGUCAGCGCUUAACUUCACCUUGGAGGACGCCCGUGAGUCCUCGGUGCCAUCGGCGCGUCGUCCGUAGUGUGGGGCCCUCACGUGGGGCGGUUCGGCCGUGUACCGCCGUCCCUCUGCUGUGUCUGUCUGCCAUCUGAGUUCCCCGAGCCCCUUCUCGUCUGCCCACCCACCGUGCAGGCGGGAGCUGGAGGGAAAGCGGCCGCUGCGUGGCCUCUGGUUAGAGUGAAAUCCAGGGCCCAGGCGGCCCGUGCGGACGGCACGCGGCGGGCAGGCAUCUCGGGCGCCACAGAAAGUGUACGUCUGCUCCUAAAGCUUCGUGUCCCUUUUCUGCCCCCGGCCUUUGGCGCAACCUGGUAGGAGGCAGCCGGACACGUUGACAGCGCUUAUGUUUUCUUCCUCUGCCCAAGAAGGUUCUUGGAGAAAAACGUAAGAAUUAGUGAAUGGCAAAUGGCUGGGUCCGCCAGAGAGGGCCUGGGCUGCUGGGUGAGCCCCCAGAGCUUGGAUUCCCAAAGAAAGGCACUUAAAUUUAUGUAGAUCAGUGCUGUAAAGUGUUUUGAUAAAUACUAACUUAUUUUGUUUGGGUUUUGGUUUUUCUGCUGUCUUCUUGGGGCCUGUUAGCUUGAUCUGUCCGAUGUUUUUUCACAUAAGACAAUUUGAGAGUCCAAGAAA